UACUCGAUUCCCAGAAACCCCAAAACUAUCACCUACUACUAGUCAACUACCGUCGACUCUCUACUUCUCUCCUAAAAAUCACUGGAUUUUGGUGUUCAAUUCACUCCGCAGGUAGACAAUUUGAAGAAGAUGCAGGGCGGGAGAGGAAGAGGCAAUCCUUUCUUUGGUUUCGGGGAUCCUUUCGCUGGUUUUGGGGGUAUGCCUAGCCUAUUUGGAGGAAGGGACCCAUUUGAUGACCCGUUUUUCACGCAACCACUGGGUGGAAUGUUGCAGCCAAGUCCAUUUGGCCAUGCAGGGAAUUCAUUUAUGGGUGUAAGCCCAUUUGGCAAUGCAGGGAAUCCAAUUAUGGGUGUAAAUUCAUUUGGAUCAAGCUUAUAUGGUUCAAACGGAAGUCCUUUCAUGGAUGCACAUGCACCUAGAAUUCAUGAGCACAGGCAAUCCCUGUCUGAUAGUUCUAGGGGCCUGAUUAUUGAAGAACUGAACUCUGACAAUGAGAAAGAGGAACCAGAAGCUGGGCACGGUAAGAAAGAGAAUCCUCAUAAGCAUGGUAGGUCUGCGAGACAACAUUAUGUUGAGCAGCCAGAUGAUGGAACUAAAGAAAGAGAGCUGAAACAGACGCAGUAUGGGAACCAAUUCAGCAUCAUGCAUGAUACACACUCACGUCCACAAGCUCAUAGCUUCACUUUUGAGAGUUCCACCGUUACAUAUGGGGGUUCUAAUGGAGAAUAUUAUACCUCAUCUAGUACUAGAAGAGCUGGCAGUGAUGGUCUGAGAUUUGAAGAACAUAAAAAAGCUGAUUCAUUGACGGGUCAGGCAGCUCAUAGAAUCUCUAGAGGAAUCUAUGAUAAGGGACACACUGUUUCAAGGCAUCUGAAAUCAGAUGGUGAGGUGGAUACAAUGCAAAUGUUGCACAACAUCAACGAAGAUGAACUUGCUGGAUUUGAAAAGGCUUGGAAAGGAAAAGCUACAAAGCAUCUGCCUGGCUGGACUGAUGGAACCAAUGCUCAUGGGGCGAGCAGGGGUGGUUGGGCACUGCCGUCAAGCGAGAACGCACGUGCAGGUGGGAGAAGAGCAAGUGCAGCUGAAUCAUCGUCAAGGGUUAGGAGACAGUAAUAAGUUGAAGAUAAGGUGUAUAUCAGCUGAUAUAUAAUAUUAGAAUCGGGUGUUAUACAUGUAGGAUGAAAGAUAGCGAAAUGUAAAGAACAGUGACGUUGUUCUUGUACAACGGGUGCCAGGGCAACUCCUUGGCUCUUUUCAUUAACAUUGAUACAUGUUGAAGCUUGCAUUGAAUAUGUUUCUGAUCU